UUGUUUUCUGUUUAGUAUUAUUUCACGGCACAUCGGGUUUCCUGCGCCGCUCUUUCAAAAUUAUUCUCGGUUCUCCCGCGCCUUAUUAACGGUCUCGCGAGAGCAACGAAUUUUAUUCUUUAACAAUAGUUUUUAAUUAAUAUUAUUCGGUCAAAACUAUAAAAGACGGAUUUGUGGCUAUAGUGGUUAUUGUGUUGGUUAUUUUUAUAUUGUGCUAUUUUAGGAUUAUAUUUUAAGGUUGUCUUUUAAGAUUUACAAUGUUCCUUUUAACCAGGCAUAAACCACGGGUCCGGUUCAAUUCUAUUCAGAAAUGGUUUUCUUCACCCCAGAGAACCAACCUCCUACAAUAAAAAGACUUUAAAAUAAUGUUAAGAUCUUUAGAAGAAUACGUACUAGAAAUGGAAAACCGAAGUGCCAUAAACGAGCAAAACGCUCAACAUCUCAGCGAGGACAUUUGGACUCAGCUACAGCAAAAGGACAACGAUCUACAACUAGCCGCCGAGCUGGGUAAGGCUUUGCUAGAGGAGAACGAGAAACUGAAGAAACAACACGAGGCCGUCGUGGAGGAUUAUUCGAAGAAAUUAGAGACCGUGGAACAAGACCGUCACCUUCUAAGAAAAAAACUGACUAGCAAAGAAUCGGAGCUGGAUGCUAGAAUACUGGAACUGGAAAAUGAUUUAUCUGAAGUUAAAGAAAAGUUGGCGCAGAAGGAAGUUUUGCUGAAACAAUGGGAAAGGGAUAAAAGUCAGUUGGUGGAAGACUUAACAUCACAGAACUCAAGACUAACGAACCAGUUAAAAGAAGCCCAGUCAGUAGAAUCACAGCUUCGACAACAAUUAGAUAGUUAUAAGGAGCAGAUCUCAUUAGGAAAAUCUAGUUUACAGCAACAUCUGAGUAGUGUGGAUGGUCUCAAAGACGAACUGGAAUUAAUAGCAGAUAAAAAUAAAGAAUUAGAGCGAAGACUUAGAAAUGCAGCUGAAGAACGUGAUAAUUUUGCUUCAGCACUGGAGGAAGCGUCUGAUAGGAUUCUGAUGUUAGAAAGGCAUGCUAGGGAGCAAGAUAUGAGAUACCAGCAAAGCUUAAAGGAAUACACGCUACCUCAAGAAAAAUUAAGUAUCGAGGAGCGUCUAAAUGGUGACCACCGAUCGCUUCUCGCAGAAAUGGACAUUUCCGAACCGACCUUAAGUCAGGAAUGCAUGUCGGUCUACAGACAACUCAGAUCACUGGUGCAACAAAUGAAGAGCCACCAAGAUGACGAUAGUGGAUUACAUUCGGAUUGUUCUACUGUUUCUUUAGAUGAUAGUAGCAGGUUUACCCCAGGACUUUUAAGUGAGAUUGCUCAAGAACUCGUCGGAUUAGUACUGGACACGGACGUAGUAAGACUGCUAGAAAGACUGGAGCAGGCGCGUAGAGAAAUCCAGGAGCGCGACGAAGAACUACAAAAACGCAUGGAUAGAAUCAACGAGCUCAGUAGUAAAGCCUCGGUAUGUGAGGUGGAAUUGCAGGCGGCAUUGGAAGAGAGAGAUCGAGCGAGACAUGAUGCGGAUGAUACUUCGCUCGCCCAUGACGAAGUUGUCGCAAAGGCGAGGGAGGAUCGGGAUUCAGCGGUGCAAAGAAGAACGAAAGCAGAAGUAGAGUUGGCAAAGACGAGGGUAGAGCUGAUGCAGGCCAAUAGUCAACUCUUGGAGGUGAUCCAGCAGAAAGUGGAGAUGAGUCAACAGUUGGAACAGUGGCAGAUGGACAUGCAAGAGCUCUUAGACGAACAACUAAGAAACAAACUGACAAGCCACGAGAUCAAAAUGCGAAACCUCGAACAGCAACAAACCCCGGUGCCUCCGCCAAGACGAAGACUUUUGAAUUUCUUUUUGCAACGAUAGCACGUUACUUUUAAAUUUUAAUUUAAAAGCCAAAAUAUUUAAAAAUUGCCUAAUUUCUGGUUACCAACAAAAUUUUACUACUUGUUUAAGGUAAAAUACUAUUAAAAUCUACUUAUUUUGUACUUUUGUACAGUACUUUAAAAGCUUUUUUUAAUACUACUAAUUGCUACCUUUUAUGGCGUAAGGUAGUUUUUGCGGCGUACUUAAUAUAAAUUCUAUAUGUUUUACCGUAGGUGUAAUUACAUUUAACAAAAACUGUGAUUCUAAGAUGUUUUUACAAGUAUUAACACAAUGUGUUGUUAGGUUGUACUUAUUAUCUAAUUUAGUUAAUUUAUUUUAGGUUUGUGUUAGCUUCACAAUAUUACCAAUAUUCCGUAGAAUAGUUUUUGUGAUUUUAUUAUGUUUAUUUGUAAAAUUACACCAAUGAUGUAAAUAGGAGAAAGAAACAAGUCGUGUACCAUUACUUCUCUUUUAUUUAUAAACGAUUUUUAUAUUUUAAAGUUUUGAGUGCAAUUUUAGUAAUUAUAUAUUUUUUUAUACGGCGUCCAGUAUCCGUCCAAAAAUACAACAAGAAAUAAUGAAAACAAUUAAAAAGGCCUUAAACUGUUUAAUGUAUUAAUGUAAUAUUUUAGGUAAAUAAAUAAGAAUAAAAGAUUAUUUUAAA